GAUCUGCGCAUUGAGCUUCUAACUCGAAGUAACUAGAGGCACAUGAAGUUAAUGCAUUGGCAUGAAAAUAAAAAAUAUUACUGCAUUGCGAUAAUUGACCUAGCCCACUGCUCAGGCCCACAUCACUGAUCCAAACUACGGUCCAUAAUAGGAUUUUUUUUUUUUUUGAGAAGACUGCAGUUCUCACUGCAGUUACCACCGUCACUGAAUCUGAAAAAUGGAGGGAAUUGGGACGGCAGAUCAAUCGGCGGUGAUGUAAGAGUCAGAUUGAGACCCAUCGAACAGCCACCGUCACCGUAUCCCAUGUGGGUGGAGACCAUUCAAGCAACGCUGAGUCACCAUCGCAGCAAAUUAACCACAUUUGAGGUUAGCAUUCCCGUUCUAUAUUUGCACACACAGUUUUAUAUCUAUUUAUUUAAUUUUAUAUUCCCAUUCCGAAAUUUUGGCCCAAAGUAUUUCUUCAUGAAGUGUUAACGAAAAAAAAAUAAUAAUAAUAAUCCUCCUCAGAUUUGGAUUCCACUAAGAAAAAGGAGUAAUUUUUGUAGUGAAGAAUCUGGAAGUAAAUCUCAGAUUCUCAAUCUCACAAGUAUCAUGAAACGAAGGAACAACCACACCAUUUAGUGGGUUUGCCUUGUCUUCCAAGUUUCCAAUAACAAGAUAGAAAGAAUCCUCAACUUUCAAGGACUCCCUAUACCCUAGCUCCGAGUAUGUAUCCAAAUAGGAGUUUAGAACUGAUUAUAUUGGGACGUUAAUCUGGAACGUUUCAACAUAGUGAGUUAUUCUAAUAGGACCAGGAAAGGAACAAGCAUAUUACCUUGGUUGAGUUUGCCUUCUCUUCCAAGGUUUCCAUGACGAACUAGAAAUUACAAUUCUCAAGUCACACCACCUCCUAUAAAUACUUGGAUCCAGGCAUCACAAUACUCACAAUCUUCUCUGAGUUGGAAACAAACAGUAGUCAACACCAAUGGCAUCACAAUGGUAUAGGGGCAGAGUCAAGGCUGUUCCUUCAGGCGAUUCCCUUGUCAUCCAGGCCCUUCAGUCAGACAAGACCGGAAUCCUACAGGAAAGAAGUAUUACUUUGUUAUCAGUUCGUGCUCCCAAACUGGCCAGUAAAGAUCGCAGUACUGAUGAUGAGCCUUUUGCAUGGGACAGCAGAGAGUAUCUGAGGAAGCUCUGCAUCGGAAAGGAGGUGGUUUUCAGCAUUGAGCAGGGCGUUGGCUCUGUUUUCCUUGAAAACAAUAAUGUUGCAGCCCUUGUUGUUCAAAAAGGGUGGGCAGCUGUCACGUCACCGAGCACAACUCCUUACAAUUGUGAGCUGCAGUUUCACAUGGAUCAAGCCUUUAAUAAAGGUCUUGGUCGCUGGAGCACGGUUCCAGGUGCGGCGGAGGCAUCCAUUAGGACUCUACCUCCCCAACUCAACUUAGAGACCAUGAAGACUCUGUUGGCUGCAAACAAGGGCAAGCCCAUAGAAGCUAUUGUCGAGCAGGUUGAUGAGGGCAGUAUUGUUCAGGCUCACUUGCUUCCGGAGUUUCAGUUUGUCCGUGUCAUUGUUGCAGGAACUCAGGCGCCCUACAUUGGACCUAAUGCUUAUCCUUUCGCACUAGAAGCCAAGUUUUUCACGGAGUCUCGUGUGUUGAAUAGAGAUGUGCAUAUUGUUCUGGAAGGUGUUGAUAAGUUCAGCCGUCUGAUAGGCUCUGUGUAUUACCCCGAUGGAGACUCCGAAAAGGACUUGGGCCUGGAGCUUGUGGAGAAUGGUUAUGCUAAAUAUGUACCAUGGAGCGCGAAAGUGAUGGAUGAAGAUGCAAGCCGGCGGCUCAAGACUGCAGAGCUUGAAGCUAAGAAAAACAAGCUGGGGAUUUGGACACACUUUGUACCCCCAGCUACAAAUUCCAAGCCAAUUCAUGACCAGAAUUUCACAGGAAUAGUUGUGGAGGUUGUAAGUGGGGAAUGUGUCAUUGUGGCUAAUGAUUCUGGAGAGCGGAGAGUCAAUCUUUCGAGUAUUUGGUGUCCGAAGAUGGGAAAUCCUCGUAGAGGUGAUGAGCCUGCUGCAUAUGCACGUGAAGCCAAGGAGUUGCUGAGGACACGCCUUAUUGGACGCCAAGUGAAUGUUCAAAUGGAGUAUUCAAGGAAGGUCAGCCAAGCAGAUGCAGAUUCUUCCAGAGUAAUAGAUUUCGGAUCAGUCUUUAUUAAGGCUGAGGGGGAAGAUAAAAGCAACCAGGCUAAGGAAAACGUUGCUGAGCUUGUGGUUGCAUCUGGCUUCGGCACUGUUAUCAAACACCGAGAUUUUGAGGAGAGAUCAAGAUACUAUGAUGCCCUUCUUGCUGCCGAAUCAGGCGCUAUUGCUGGAAAGAAAGGACUACAUUCUUCCAAGGAGGCCCCCGUUGUGCACAUGACAGACUUGACAAUGGCAACGGCCAAGAAAGCAAGAGACGUCUUGCCAUCCUUGCAGCGAAGUAGGAGAGUUUCUGCAGUUGUGGAAUAUGUCCUCAGCGGUCAUCGUUUUAAACUAUACAUUCCCAAGGAGACGUGCAGCAUUUCCUUCUCUCUCUCCGGUGUGAGAUGUCCCGGUCGCGAUGAGCCCUAUUCGGAUGAAGCAAUUGCAGUAAUGAGGCGAAGAUUAAUGCAGAGGGAUGUUGAGAUUGAAGUGGAGACUGUUGAUAGAAACGGAACUUUCUUGGGAACUCUAUGGGAGUCGGGGACCAAUGUGUCAAUUACCCUCGUUGAAGCUGGCCUUGCCAAAUAUAUUCCCUUUGGUGGCAGUGACAAGGUCCAAGAUGGCCACCUUCUUGAACGAGCUAUGAAAAAUGCAAAAACGAAGAAGCUGAAAAUUUGGGAAAAUUUUGAAGGAAAACCCAACAAACAGAAAGAACUAAAGGUAGUGAUUACAGAAGUUUUGGAUAGAGGUAAAUUUUAUGUGCAGACAGUUGGGGACGAGAAGAGUGCCUCUAUUCAGCAACAGCUUACUUCUUUGAACCUUGAAGAAGCUCCUUCUGGAAGUGACGCUUUUAAUCCUAGGGAGGGUGACAUUGUCCUUGCUCAGUUUAGUGCAGAUAAUUCUUGGAACCGAGCUAGGAUUGUCAAUGCGCGAAAAGACAAGUUUGAAGUGUUCUACAUUGACUAUGGUAAUCAAGAGGCUGUCCCUUACAGUCAGUUACGGCCUCUUAACACUUCUGCUGCCUCUGCACCUGGUCUUGCUCAGCUAUGCAGCCUUGCACAUGUUACUGUCCCAAGCUUGGAGGAUGAGUUUGGUCAAGAAGCAGGAGAGUAUUUGAGUGAGUGCACAUUGGACAAAGAGUUCACGGCCGUGAUUGAGGGAAGGGAUAUUUCCGGAGGAAAAUUUGCUAAAGGCCAGGGAACCGGACCAGCUCUUAUGGUAACUCUCUUCGCGGUAGAAGAUAAUGAUGACAGUAUAAAUGCUGCCAUGCUUCAGAAUGGACUUGCUAGUCUAGAUAACCAGAAGAGGUCUUGGAAGUCUCGUACCUUGAGAGAGUUCCAGGAAAAAGCACAAACCUUCCGCCAGGGAAUGUGGCAUGAUUAUUACGAGUCUGAUCAUCAUGAGAACAGAGCUCCUCCUGCAAGAAAGGCUGCUGGCAAGUGAUGAAUAUGUUAUACUAGUGAUGGAAACUAAUUUCCGUCACAACUACUAUAUAUCACUCUUAUAUCAAAUUUUGAUUCAAAUAAAGAUGGAUUG